AUGAGCAACACAGAGGGACGUAUCCGGCUGGAAGAUAUUAGGGUUGAUACCGAAUAUAAAAAUAGCGAUGGGUCAGCCGCAAAUGAAGCGUUGAACAAGUUGGAAUUUUAUCGAAAAGAGGUACUGCAACUGAUUCCUACAAACGAUUUAGAGGUCCAACAAACUCUGGAGUUAUUCAAUGCAGUGCGCGUGGUAGCAAACGAGUCGUUGAGAGAUCGCAGAGAAAGAUUGGCGGAGCUAGUUUUCCAGAAUCAGUCCUUCAGAAAUCAACUCUUGGAUAAAAACAAGCAGAUAAAGAAAGUGGAGGCGGGUGAGCUAGAAGUCGAAGAAGAAGAGGACGAUCAGGAUGCGGAUGAAGAAUUUUACACACCGGCUUCAGACGCCCUGGUACGAGCUCGUAAGUUUAUAGUACGAGAUUCGCUGGUCAGGGCACGUAGAAGGCUCGAAGCUGAAUUCAGCCAGGCUAAUACACAAAUUAUACAGGAGACCAUUGUGAGCAGACGAACUCUGAAUUCGAAAUUGUCGACAUGUGAGCUGCAGGGAUCUCAAAUCGUGUCUGAACGGCCGGUUUCGAAAGUGAAAUACAGUCCUGAUCAAACAUUUGCAGCAACAGGAAGUUGGAAAGGUGACAUACAAUUUUUGGAUCCAGAAACCCUGCAAAUAAGUCGCAAAAUAGAAGAUGGACACGACGGUAAGGUUGGCGGGCUGGAUUGGAAUUCAACGUCGCGGUUUCUCGUAUCUGGAGGAGCGGACAACCUUGUCAAAAUCUGGGACUUGCGCUCAGACGAUAAUUCGGCACCUGAAGCUGUCUUCGAGGGCCACGAAAACCGCGUUGCGAACGUGAAAUUUCAUCCUAGUGAUAAAUACGUUGCGAGUGCCUCGUUCGACCUGACGUGGAGACUCUGGGACGUGGAAACUCAACAAGAACUUCAGUUGCAAGAAGGACACUCUAAAGAGGUCUAUAGCCUGGACUUCCAAAGUGAUGGAGCACUUAUUUGCAGUGCCGGUCUAGACUCUAUAGCACGCAUCUGGGACCUUAGAUCGGGGAAAUCACUCAUGGCUCUUGAAGGACACGCCAAACCCAUAUAUGGGGUAAGCUGGUCUCCUAAUGGGCAUAUUGUUGCCACUGCCAGUGGUGACGGGACAGUAAAAAUCUGGGAUCUGCGAAACGUAGGCGAGCCGUUUUCGAUAUUGGCACAUAACAGUAUUGUAUCUGAUGUUGAGUUCGAGAGGGAACACGGUCAUUUUCUUGUGUCAAGCUCGUACGAUAAAACUGUUGGCGUUUUCGCUGCAGAUUCGUGGCUGAGAUUGGCUACGCUAAAAGGUCAUAUGGACAAAAUACUUUCUGUAGACGUGGCACCCAAAGGACUGCAUUUACUGAGUUGUGGAUGGGACAGGUCGGUCAAAAAAUGGUCAUUACAUAAUAUUUAA